AUGUAUCACAUAACGUUACAGAGGUGGGUCUCAGUGGCCUUACUGGUCCUCAUGAUCACCUCAACGAUCACUGCCGAAGCCGCUAGUUUUCCGACCGAAGAACGUCACUCUGGAACUGAAAUCGCUGAGUCUCGCACAUUUGGACGUAUCAGACGACUGCAGGCAAUGAUCGUUCCGGUGAUGUUUUUCCUGGGUGUAAUGAAGACGCUGCUCGCCUUUCUGGUCGCCAUCAGUCUGAAGACACUGUUCGUAGGCGUCUCCAUACUGAUGAUCAACAUCGGUUUGGCAAUGGCGAAGGUGAUCGCUUUCUUCAAGACCAAACACACGCACGAGCACUACGGUGGAUACAGUUCCGGUGGCGGUUGGUCCGACAAGAAUAUCCACGUGCACAUCCACAACGAUGGCUACGCCCAACAUGGGACGGUCCCGCUGGAGUUUGAACAUGCGCCACCAUCAGCACUGCACCAUACAGCACCAAGCGUUUUCCCGAGCUAUGGCCCACCGGUGCUAAACACCUACCAUCAGGCGGCCCAUCGUUCGCGAAGCGACACUGUGGCGGAUCCGAUCUACGUGCCGUCGGCGACGGACAAGGAUGAAAAUCUUUACCCGAAAAUUCUAAUCUCCGAUCGGGACAAGCUUGAUCAAAUCUACGCCCAAUGGCGACAGUUGAAUCGAAAUGGACGAUAG